UCGAAGCUCCCGAAGACGAGCGAAGAUGGGCAAGAGGGGAUCAACAACUGCAAAAAGGGCGAGACUUCGGGCCAAGACUCCAUGUGCCAGACUGCCGUGAUCAACGACGCAGACGACUUCUGUCUUUGGGCUCCGCCUAAGCCCAAUACACAAGUCGCCGUCUCGGAGGAGAUCGAGGUGGCCUGGUGCACAAAGGAUCACGGCGCACGCUUGAUCCCUGAUGGGACCCUCACCUCUGUCCACUUUGUCAAGACGUCAGCCUACGUCCAGGUCACAGGCACGGGCGACUUCACCAAGAUCAACAUCGCCGCGGGUGACCAGGGCGGUGAGCUCGACCCUCAUGGUGCUACGGGCAAUGGCAACCCGAUCGGCGGCCUGGUCUACACCACAGCCUUCACAGGGAAGCACGAGCAGAUCAACGAAUGGAUGUCCGAGAUCAGCGCAACGGACUUCUGCUUCCGCGGCUGCCGAGGCACCAACGCUACGAGCCAGAUGAUGUGUAGCCACAUCUACGACGAGAUGGGAUGCGGCUUCAUCAUGCCCGCCAACUAUGCUGCUGGGACGUUCGAGUCGUGCGAGGGUGACGUGGCUAUGGCGCCUGGUAUCAUCAGCUCAUGGACAUUCACGCAGGGUGACCCUGUCACGCCCAGCCCGCGUAGCGCUCCCUCCUCGUCGAAUUGCAAGACCAUG